AUGGGCAAAGUGUACGAGAAAAUGUUAGUAAGAAGAAUCAGAUGGCACCUGGUACCACGCUUAAGCAACCGCCAGUACGGCUUUAUGCCCCAGCGCAGCACCGAGGACGCCCUCUACACCGCAGUGACACAUAUUAGAAGCAAGUUAGAAAAAAAGAAAAUCAUAGCCGUUAUAUCACUCGAUAUAGAGGGCGCCUUCGACAGUGCCUGGUGGCCUCAAAUACUGGUUCGACUGGUGGAAGAGGAAUGUCCUGCAAACAUAGUAAGAAUAAUGAACAGUUAUCUCCAGGACAGGAGCGUCAUCCUAAAUUACGCAGGCCAUAACAUCUUAAGAAGAACAAACAAAGGAUGCGUGCAGGGCUCCAUAGCCGGACCUACGCUCUGGAACUUACUUAUUGACCCUCUAUUGAAGAUGAUAGAUGCAGAGCAGGUCAAGUCCCAAGCGUUUGCAGAUGAUGUCCUGCUUAUGAUAGAUGGAGACACGGGAGAGGAGGUAACAAAAAUAGCCAAUUGUAUAUUGGAUCUUGUACAUAAGUGGGGCGUGAGGAACAAACUUAGCUUUGCGCCUCACAAAACCAAUGCGAUGGUGGUGACACGCAAACGUAAAUAUGACAAUCCCCGCCUCACGAUGAAUAAAGAGCCAAUAAUAUUUACCAACAAAAUAAGGAUCCUGGGCGUAGAAAUAGACGCUGCAUUAACUUUUAAAGGCCACAUUGACAACUUGUACAGUAAGACUAUAUCAAUAUAUAGACAAGUUUCGAAAGUAGCAAAGAUAGGAUGGGGCUUACAGCCGGACGUCACUGCAACCCUAUACACUGCAGUGAUCGAGCCUAUAGUCCUGUACGCCGCGGCUGUGUGGGCACAAGCAGUAGAAAAAGUUUUUAUUAAAAAGAAAUUAGAUCGCAUGACAAGGGGCUUCGCACAAAAAAUUGCAAAAACAUACAAAACGACAGCACUCAGCUCAGCGGCCUUGCUUGCAGGGAUACUUCCCCUGGACCUUCGCGUUAAGGAGGCCGCGGCCGCAUACCUGGCGCGGAAGGGGGUGUCACCGCACGUAACAUAUGACAAGACAAUAGAGACGCGACUGCCAUACACUGAGCUCCCACACCCCGCCAAUAGACUUAAAAUAACUUACAAAAAACUGGACGACCCGUCAGAAAUCGAUAACGUUACUAUGACAAAAUUAUUUACAGACGGGAGCAAAACGUCCGCGGGAGUGGGAGCGGCAUGGACUGAGUGGCAAGACGGGACCGAGAUUAAAAAUAAAAAGGUGAGGCUGGCUACGUACUGUACAGUGUACCAGGCGGAGCUAGCCGCACUGAGGGACGCAGUGACAUAUCUGACCAAGGGAAGGCGGAAUGCGGCUGUGCUCAGCGACUCUCGCUCUUCACUGGAUGCCAUCGCGGGUGGACGCUCUCUCGAUCCCCAAGUUGCGGAGAUUCGCCAGAACCUGGAAGAGUGCCAUGAAAAUGGCAUUAAAAUUGAACUCUUUUGGGUGAAGGCGCACGUUGGCACUACGGGAAACGAGAGGGCAGACGCUCUCGCGGGGGAGGCGGUUGGGGAAACGGGGACGCGAAUAGGGUACGAUGCGUAUCCGCUUUCCUAUUUGCGACGACUGACAAGACUCAAGACUUUAGACACCUGGAACGAGCGCUAUGUGGGGGGCGAAACAGCCUCAGUCACAAAAAUGUUUUUUAAAGAUGCAAAUGCGGCAUACAAACAAAUCAAGACAAGGCGUUUCGCACCUCACAUGGCGCAGAUCCUGACUGGCCACGGGGCUUUUGGACACUAUUUACACAGACUCAAACUGAAGACAAGCCCCGCGUGUGACUGUGACGACAGAACCGACCAAACGGUGGUUCAUUUACUUGUCGACUGUGCGAAUUUUGGAAGGGCCAGGUGCGAUCUGGAACUCGAGACUGGCAUGAGGGUAUCCCGGGAUGGGCUAUCCGACAUGUUGCUUGAGCACAGAUCGCAGCUGGAAAAAUUCUGCGACAAGAUUGUCAGAUAUGUCACUCACAAAAAUAGCACGAGAGGUAACGCGGGUGUCGCCGGGCAGCGAAAUUAUGACGAUAUUUUCGGAGUAGUUGUCGCCCGGGCCCGGCGGGAGACGCCAACCCUUUAA